AUGAAAGAGGAGGAUCAUUCGGGAGCAAUUCAAAGUGCGUGUUCAGCUCUCGACGAUGAUGGCAAACCCAAAAGAACAGGGACAGCAUGGACAGCAAGUGCUCAUCUAAUAACAGCAGUGAUUGGUGCGGGAGUGUUGUCUUUAGCUUGGGCCAUGGCACAGUUGGGAUGGAUAAUUGGUAUAUCUACACUCUUACUCUUUGCUUGUGUCACUCUUUAUACUUCCAAUCUUCUAGCAGAUUGUUAUAGAUCACCAGACCCUGUCACUGGCAAGAGGAACACCACUUACAUGGAUGCAGUGAAAACCAACUUAGGUGGUAACAGGUAUUUUUUAUGUGGACUCUUCCAAUACAUCAACCUUGUUGGAGCAGCAAUUAGCUUCACAAUAACUACAUCCAUAAGUGCAGUGGCAAUACAAAAAAUUAAAUGUUUCUACCAGAAGGGAAUUGCUACUCAAUGCCGUUUUUCUAAUAAUCCGUAUAUGAUUGGUUUUGGAGUUGCUCAAUUUUUCUUGUCUCAAAUACCCAAUCUUCACAAACUGUCUUGGCUCUCAAUCUUAGCAUCGAUCAUGUCUUUUGGUUAUGCAUUAAUUGGUAUUGGACUUUCUCUUGCUACCAUCGUCCAAGGGAAAGGAAAGAGUACCUCUUUAAUUGGAGGCAGCAAGAUGCGAAGUUCAGCAAACAACAUAUGGAAUAUGCUCAUUGCACUGGGAAACAUUGCACUUGCUGGCACUUAUUCUCAAAUUGCAAUAGAAGUUCAGGACUCUUUGAGAUCGUCACCACCAGAAAACAAAGCAAUGAAGACGGCAAACAAGAUAGGCGUACUCACGAUGACUAUUAUCUUCCUUGCAUGUGCAUGCUCUGGCUAUGCUGCAUUUGGCUCAGAAACUCCCGGCAACAUCCUAAUGAGCUCUGGGUUUAAGAAGCCCUUUUGGCUAAUUGAGUUGGCCAAUGUCUUUGUUAUAGUCCAUGUGGCUGGAGCAUAUCAGGUUGCUGCUCAACCCAUUUUUCGUCUAGUCGAAACAAUGGCUUACCAAAGGUGGCCAAGCUCAAGUUUUGUUAUAAAUGAGUAUCCUAUGAGAAUCGGGAAAUCGAAGUUCAACAUUAGUUUAUUUAGGCUUGUUUGGAGGACCAUAUUUGUGGUGAUAGUAACUGUUCUAGCCAUGGCAAUGCCCUUUUUCAAUGAGAUGCUCGCUCUUCUUGGGGCCCUUGGAUUCUGGCCAUCAUCUAUCUAUUUUCCGGUGGAAAUGUACAUUGCAAGAAAGAAGAUCAAAAUAGGAACAAUCCGAUGGUUUGCACUGCAUGCCUUGAGCUUAUUUUUCUUGGCAGUGUCCAUGGCUAUAGUGUGUGCAGCCAUUCAUGGGUUGAAUCAAGAUAUUCACAAGUACACGCCCUUCAUGUAUAAAGCGUAG